GCCGCCGCACUCCGCCUGCCUGGGUGUCGUUGACAGCAUGCCACCGCUCCCCUCUGCUCCUCCCUUCCCUCCUCUCCUUCCUCCCCAAGCCCCUGCGUUGGCGCGAGCUUUGCAUCCCGGCCUCCAGCGCGGCUGCGUACACGCAGACGAACCACCAGGCUGAGGCCACGCUCGCCGGCGUUCUCUUCCUGCUCGCCGCCGCGGCCGUGGUAGUUGACGACUUGCUCGCUCCCCUCGUCCUGCUGGCAAGUUCCUCACGCCCCGCGGCCGCCGGAAACGGAGAUGACCACCUCAAGCUCCCGUGGCCGUCCUGCUGGCAAGUUCCUCACGCCCCUGCAGCACCAUCCCGACGCCCGCAUGCUGCCGGGUGCCAUCCUCCACUGCCGUUCCCGGGCGCUCCAGAUGGUGGCCCUACGUGGCAGCGACCAGUUGUUGUUAGGCUUGCCGAGCCUCCCGAGCUGCACCGAGCAAGAGGCAAGCUCGGGCCGAGCCCCAAUCUCUAGCUCGUCUGACCACUGGGCUCGGUUCGGCUCGGCUCGAGAAGAGGCGAGCUAAGGCAGGCUCGGGGCGAGCCCGGCUCGGCUCGGCUCGCGUCCAGGUAUAGUCACAACGCACCGGGAUGUUGAUGCCUCACACGCUGGAGCAAGUGAUCAUUGGACCAGAUCCCCAAGGAAGAAGCCUAUUCUCAUCUCACCAACUAUUUAUUCAGAAGUCUAUUCUCUGUAUUCUUCCUCCUUCCUCACCCCAACUCUCCUUUGUGUCCAUCCAGAUUUGUAUCUCCAGUUGCGACUCUAAACUUGAGUGAAAUUCAUCCUGUGAUAUCGGGAAUUAGGAGAAGUGAUUGCUGCAUGGAAUCGGGUUCAUAAUAUACGAGCUCGUCUUCAUCAACCGGCAGUGCUUCUCAAAAUUACUAGCCAUUCACCGACCGGCCUUCACAGAGGAUUAUUGGGUAUGGCUGGAAUUUGGAUGGACAAGGCGACAGAGGACCGAAUGAAUCUAUGGCUGACCCGGGUCUUGGUCAUUGUGAGCUUCACAGCGCAUCUUACCCUGGCCCUACUAGCCGGGAUCCGCCGGCGUAGGCACUCCGGCGUGCGGAGGUCUUUGGUGUGGUUGGCGUACUACGUGACCGAGAUAGGCACACCAAUCGCCCUUACCAAGGUGUUCAUCGACACCGCGUCUGUGGAUACCGAGCAACAGCUCAAGGCGUUGGUCGCAUACAGAGAGCAGCAGAUGUUUGCGUUCUGGGCGCCGUUUCUGCUGCUCCACCUUGGUCGCCCGGACAACAUCACCAGCUACGCCUUGGAGAACAAGGGGCUGUCGCCUACCCAGAAGGCCGUUCUCAUCCUUGCAAUCGUAGGAGCCAUCUGUGGCUCAUACAAGAAAAGAUUUAUGCGCGGGGAUGGGGCUCUGCGCGCCGCAUUCUUCAUCAUGCUCUUCUUGGGUUCCUAUAAGUAUGUGGAGAGGGCAGUUGCGCUACGGCGAGCUUCCUUCGACAGCAUUCGCCGCUCAAACCGGAGGAAGAUGUUGAAGCAGUUCAGUUCUAAGGGCAAAGCCCGAAAGCAGGAUAAUGAUAACGCCCUGCUUGAUGCUCACGGCCUUCUGGGCGUCACCAUGGGUGCCUUCGCUGACUAUCAAGUCGACUGCAGGAGGUAUGUCCCAUCUUAUUCUGGUUGCAAGGAUGUGAGCAAGGUGGUUGAGAUGGAGGUGUCACUCAUGUACGACGUGUUAUACACCAAGGCAAGCGUGAUCCACACAUGGGGUGGCUACAUCAUCCGUCUGGUCUCGCCGCCACCGCCACGGCGCUCUAUCUCUUCCACAGUAAAGACGGCCAGGCGAUGGAGAGUGCAGAUCGGGCGAUCACAUACACCUUGCUUGCUGGUACCUUGUUGUUGGAUGUGAGAUGGCUGCUCAGAGCACUAGGGUCCACCUAGACCUAUGCAUUCUUGCUUG